UAAUCUGAAACUUGAAUUCUGACCAGCCCUCCCCGAAUCCGGUGUGCUCUCUCUCUCUCUCUCUCUCUCUCUCUCUCUCUCUCUCUCCCCAUUUGAUUUUCCCUCACUCGCUUCCUCCUCUCUAUUUCUAAACACCGGCUGAGUCUUCGUUGAGCCUUCGAUUGCAAUGGAGAUGGCUAUGGAGGAGUCACGCUCUCAUUCGCCUCUCUUCCUCGCUCGCCACGCCCUUCAAUCCGACCGACGAACUCCUCGCUUUCUGAAAAAUCCUAUACAGAGUACGCCGCGAAUAUCUAGUCCUAGGAUUUUCGAAGCUUGUUUCUAGAUUUAUACAUAUAAUUUUCGUUUUCAAUUGCUCUCUCAACUUGUAAUUAGAGGGUUCGAAACCGAAAUUAUAGGGUUACUUUGUCUUUAGAUUGCUCAUGUCUGUGAAGAAUAUAGGUGGGUAAAUUUCUAGGGUUUGUUUGAAUUUGGGCUUUUUAGGGUGAAUUGUCCGUGUUUAUUAGUUUGAAUUUGAGUAUUUAAGGUUUCACAUGGUUCUUGAAUGUUCUCUGGCAACCCAAACUGCAUUCUGAAAACUCAUUUUGGUCGGUGGAGGGAGAUUUGAGGUUGAGCUUUUGAUAUCUGGUGCGGAAUUUUAAUGACGAAAAGGUGGGAAGUCGGGCUGCCAAAGACUACUGCCUGUAGUCUUCGGGAGCAAGCAACAAGAGCUAUUCUUCGCAAUGUGAGGUCACAAGGGCACACAUAUGUUGAGGUCAGAGAAGAUGGGAAAAAGUUCAUUUUCUUCUGUGCUCUGUGUCUUGCACCUUGCUAUAGUGAUAAGGUGUUGUUUGAUCACUUGAAGGGUAAUCUUCACAAUGACAGGUUAGCUGCUGCUAAGGUCACUCUCUUACGACCAAACCCUUGGCCCUUCAAUGAUGGUGUGGUGUUCUUUAACAAUUCAUACGAGACUGAUAAAGUGUUGGUGACUCCAGAUGACAGUAAAUGUAUGAUGUUAGAGUCUCUCGGCAAUGAGAACAGUCUUGCUAUUGUCAAAUAUGGGGAAAAUCUGGAAACCAAUGGCCAUGAUCAUUGCGGAGUUGAUGGUCUUGAAUGUAAUGAAUUUGUAGAUUCGCCACGGCUGCAUUCUAAUGUUGGAGUCAAAUCCCUUGUUGUGAAUUCAACUGCAAAUGGAGCAAAUUUUCCUGUGGUGAUCCCUGGUGUUGUGGUUAGGGAUGAAAUUACUGAUUUGGGAGUGAAAGAUGUGGGUUUGGGAGAAAUUGCUGCAAGGUUCCUUGGGAAAGAUGGUAUUUGCAGAAUAUGGUGUGAAUGGUUGGGGAUAAACGCUGUAGUCAGUGAGGAUUUAUGCAAAGUUCCUGAGCACGAUUUCGCUGUUGUUACCUUCAGUUAUAAUAUUGAUUUGGGUAGAAAGGGGUUGCUUGAUGACGUAAGGAUGUUGCUCUCAUCCAGCCCUAGAAGAGAAUCAGGGAAUGGUGAAGGCACUGGUUGUAAGAGAAAGAAAUCCUUUUCUGACCCUGAAGAUAUCAGUGACUCUCUGAAUAAUCAGUACGACUCAUUUGGGGAAGAUUCCUCUGCUACCAGUGGUGCAUCUAGGUUGAUUCUAGAUCACAUUGAUGAUCAGCUACUGAAUACAAGAUUUAUCUUGAACAAAUCUAUUAGGCGAGAGCUAAGACGGCAACAGCGUUUAGCGUCAGGAAGAAUGUGUGAUAUCUGUCAACAGAGAAUGCUUCCUGGGAAAGAUGUAGCAACUCUCAUGAAUAUGAAGACCGGACUACUUGCUUGCAGUAGUCGAAAUGUGAAUGGGGCUUUUCACGUGUUUCACACUUCCUGCCUUGUACAUUGGAUACUUCUCUGUGAAGUUGAGAUAAUCACGAAUCAGAAUACUGGUUCAAAAGGGAGGAGAAGGUCUAGGAGGAAAACUGCGGCCAAGUGCAAUGGAAAUGAUGCUCAAUUGAAGUCUUUGAGCCCACAAAUCUAUUCUGUGUUCUGCCCAGAGUGCCAGGGUACUGGUAUUGUCAUUGACGGAGAUGACCUGGAGAAACCGAAUCUUCCUCUGUCUCAGAUGUUCAAGUACAAGAUAAAGGUGAGUGAUGCACGUAGAGCAUGGAUGAAGAGUCCUGAAAUGUUGCAGAAUUGCUCGACUGGUUUUCAUUUCCCCUCCGAUGAAGCAGGAAUCCAGGAAAAGGUGAAGCCACUGAAGUUGCUGCAUUUCUAUAGAGCACAUGAAUAGAUAGCUGGCUUCAAGGAUACAAUGGACCCUGCAUCUGUGCUUGGUUUCAUUCCUUGAAAAAAAAACUGUUGUAGUUUCUGAAUAGCAUGUAAAUAUAUUUUAACUCUCGUCUUCCAUGUGUAACCCAAGAUGUAUAUGUAUGAUGAAUGAACUGCGCAAUUGACCGAACUAGAUGGGUAGCGGGCUUUUUGCUUUUGUGGA